CGGUAUCCAUCUUCCUCCCGCACGCAGAAUUAGAUCAGGGCGACCGGGCCAGGGAGGAUGGAGAACAGCAGCGGCCGGGAGGUGCUUCCGAACGGAGGAGGAGCCGGGGGGAUGGGCAACGGCGCGGCUAACGGGCGGGCGGUGCAGGCGCUGCAGCGGAGCUUCGCCGAGGUGCAGGUGAUCCUGGAGAAGAACCGGAUUCUGAUCCAGGAGAUCACCCAGAACCAGGAGUCGCUCGAGGCCGGUGGCCUCAGCCGCAACGUCGCCCUCAUCCGCGAGCUCAACGGCAACAUCGCCCGCGUCGUCGACCUCUACAACGCCCUCUCCUGCUCCUUCUCCAGCUCCCUCACCAACGGCUCCGCCCCCGCUGCCUCCGACGCCUCCAAGGGGGGCUACAAGAGGCCGCGCCCUGCCCAGUAGAAGAGACAGACCGCCAGCGCCCUCUUCUCCUCUGUUCAGAUUUAGAUUUCUGCUGUGGCCAUCCAUGGCCAGGGCUCAGCGGCAGGCAGAUUUGAGACUUCCUCUUUUUUUUUUCGUUUUCUUCUUUGUUUUAGCGUUGAGCUGAGAGAUAUGGACAUGGGCAGCUUGUUGUCAGAGAUGAAACAAAGAUGCAGGCAGCAGUGUGUGGCUGUAUCAGUA